AUGGCAGAUAAAGAGUUUCUUCCUCUCGACUUCAAUUCAGUUCAAACCGUCCCUGAAUCUCACUUGUGGCCGGACUCCGAUGAGUUAUCGUCGGUCAUCGACUUGGACGAAAAGAUUUCGCUUCCAUCGAUUGAUCUUCUCGACGACGGGGCAUCGGAGCUCCUAGGGAGGGCCUGUGAGCAAUGGGGAAUGUUUCAGUUGACUAACCAUGGUAUCUCCAAAACCCUAAUAGCUAAGAUGGAGGAGGAGGCUCGACGUCUGUUCACUCUACCGGCGAAAGAGAAGAUGAAGACAUUACGGUCUGCUGACCGUGUCACUGGCUAUGGCACGGCCGUAAUAUCGAAGUAUCAUUCGAAAUGUAUGUGGCAUGAAGGAUUCACCAUCUUGGGUUCUCCUGCCGAUGAUGCUAAGAAGCUUUGGCCAUCUGACUCUAAACGAGUUCCCCUCUCCAACUGA